AUGCUGUCCCAAGCCAUUGUCUUGCGAGAGGUUGAGGGUCUAAAGGGACAGGUCUAUUAUCCAUUAGAGAAAGUGGCCAUCGAAGUCCGUUCUCCUGAAGGCAGAGAGCUCCUUGUGAGGGUCUCAGCAGCAGCAUUCAACCACCGCGACUUGUUCUCCCGCAAAAACUUAUAUCCGAAGAUUACAUUUGGUGUUCCCAUUUGUUGCGAUGGAGCAGGCGUGGUAAUUCGAGUGGGCAGUGGCGCUUCACCAGCGUGGUUGAAUCGUCGUGUUAUCGUCAACCCAGGCAGAGGAUGGGAUCGAGACCCGGACUUUCCUGAGUCCCCGAGCGGAUACACAACGCUAGGCGCCAGUCCAGCGGGGACUGGGACUUUGCAACAGUACAUGCUUGUGGACGAGAAGGACGUGUUGCUGACGCCAGAUCAUCUCUCGGAUGUAGAGGCAGCGGCAUUACCAGCAGUUGGGCUUACCGCUUGGAGAGCCGUUAUAAUCAAAUCAAGGAAUGUUGUGCCUGGGAGGAAUAUAUUGAUUACCGGUAUUGGUGGUGGAGUGGCAUUGAUGGCGAUGAGCUUUGCACUCGCUGCCGGUUGCGCAGUCUACGUGACGUCGAGCAGUGAAGAGAAAUUGCGGCGAGCAAAGGAGUUGGGGGCUUCCGCUGGCGUGAACUACAAGAAGUCUGGUUGGGAGGAGGAGCUACUCGCCCUGCUUCCGCCGGAAAGGACUAAAUUCGACGCGAUCCUGGACGGGGCGGGCGGUGAUAUCAUGAAAACCGCCGUGAGAUUGUUGAAGCCUGCUGGUGUGGUAGUGUCUUAUGGCAUGACACUGGGCCCUUCCACGCCUUUCCCAAUGAAGGCAGAGAUGCAUUUACUGGAUCUGGUGAGUGCAUCAAUGGGAUCAAGAAAGGAAUUUGCAGACUUGAUGGACUGCAUCCGAGUUCAUAAGAUAAAACCUGUAAUAUCAAGAAUCGUCAAUGGUCUGGACGACAUCGAGCAGAUAGAAAGCUUGUUUGACGAAUUGCAGAGGGGCUCACAAUUUGGCAAGCUUGUGGUGAAAUUGGACAACAAGGAUGCUAGUAGUAAGCUUUAA